AUGGGGUUCAUAACUUGGAUAAUACUACUGGCUCUUCCAGGGCUAGCAUCUUCACAGAAUGAAGACUGUGCAAAAUCACAUGACAUUUUGUCUUACUUGGAGACAGUUGACUCUCAUUCCUCAGAUGAGAUCCAUAUUAAGGGAAGCUAUAGAAUCAGAAAUUGGUUGUACCUCGAAAAAGAGAAUAAACUUGAGACGGAUGGGUUGUUUGUCCUCUCCUGGACAAACAAAAGUUUAUCAUUUUCUCACCUGAACCCGUGUCACAAAUCUGUGAAAAUCUCCUCGGAAAUGUUCCGUCAUUGGAAACAGCCCCACAUCUUCUUUUCGGAGUCUUCCGAAAUGAUGGACACCAGUCUGCAUUACCGGGUUCAUGUCCACGAAAACGGAACAGUCUCCUUAUCGAAAAGAAUUAUCCAAAUGAUUCCUUGCACUUUUGACAGCCGCAACCUCCCCUUCGGGAAUACUACAUGCACGAUGACCUGGAGAUACCGAAAUCUUGAGCAUGUGGAUAAUGUUAUUUUCGACCCAUCUGAUCUAGAAGAUGUUAUGGAAAUAACAAAAAAAGGAAGCAUAAACUUUGAAGAGGUCCAAUAUGGCCUUACCUCUGAUCAAGAAUCCAAGCUUAUCUAUCACUUCUCACAAAAUCCACAGGACAUGAUUCUCAACUUUUUGCUUCCUUCGUUUAUGUUCUUGAUUCCGCCAUGGCUCACCCUCCUCCUUGGUCCAAUGGCAAUCACCCGCUGCAGUGUUCUCAUGACAUCACUCUUACUGCUUGCCAUUCAUUUUAGUACCAAUGUCCCUCAGACACUUGGAAACGGCGGAGUCACAUCAAUCACAAUUUGGAAGCUUUUUGCUUACGGUUUCAUAAUUGCCAUCGUCAUCGAGCUCAUUUUGAUUACGCUUUUUGCUAGUCUCGGUAGAUCAAAGACGUGCUGUUUUGCAAAAAAACGAUCAGCGAAAUACGAAAUGGAGCCUCUUUAUGAAGAAUUGAAUGACCUCCGUAAAAGAAAGACAAGAAAAACCCGCAACUGUUGCCGCAAGACCGCACUGUUCUUUGACAUCGCAAGUUUCAUAUUCUUCGGGAUCAUUCUUGUCGCUUUCUGUUACGGGUUCUAUGCUCAUCGAGGAGAUGUCGUGAAAAUGAUUAACGAUUUUGAACUGGAGAGUCUUCAUAUUUUAUAA